AUGAGUGAUUUGCCAAUUGAAUUCACUGAACUAGUGGAUCUGACAUCAUUAGGGAUUUCCCCUCAAUCUCUUGAUUUCAGAUCAACUACUUUUGAAAGUGACCAUUAUGUUACCGUCAGAGAAACUACAGACGGAAACAAUUCUGUCGCUAUCGUCGAUUUAACUAAUAAUAAUGAAGUUACAAGGAAAAAUAUGGGUGGUGAUUCUGCAAUAAUGCACCCUUCUCAAAAUGUUAUCUGUGUUAGAGCAAAUGGUACAAUUGUUCAAAUUUUUAAUUUGGAGACCAAGACAAAAUUAAAGAGCUUCACUUUAGAUGAACCAGUAAUCUUUUGGAAAUGGCUUGAUGAUGAAUCCCUAGGUUUUGUUACAGCUAGAUCUAUCUUAGUCUCUGAAGUAUUUGAUGGAAACGUUAAUGCAAAGCCAACAGCUUUAACAAUGAGACAUGCAAAUUUAAAUAACACUCAAAUUAUCAAUUUUGUAGCAAAUAAGAAACGUGAUUGGUUUGCUGUAGUAGGGAUUCUUCAAGAAAAUGGCCGUAUUGGUGGUAAAAUCCAAUUAUACUCUAAACAACGUAAUAUUUCUCAAGCAAUUGAUGGUCAUGUUGCGAUUUUCUCAGAGAUUGUCCUUGAAGGUAAUGGAUCUGUACCUGUUCAAGUCUUCGUCACAGGUAAUAGAAAUGCCACUUCAGGUGUUGGUGAAUUGAGAAUGAUAGAAAUUGAUCAUGAUCAAAAUGUUCCAGUUCAAUACCAAAAGAAUACUAGUGAUAUUUUUUUCCCUCCUGAUGCCACUAAUGAUUUCCCAAUUGCUGUUCAAGUUUCAGAAAAAUAUGGUAUCGUUUAUUUAUUAACCAAGUAUGGUUUCAUCCAUCUAUAUGAAUUAUCCACUGGUACUAACUUAUUUGUUAACAGAAUUACUGCAGAAUCAGUCUUUACUGCUACUUCUUACGAUAAUAAGAAUGGUAUUGCUUGUAUUAACAAAAAGGGUCAAGUGCUUUCUGUUGAAAUUGCUACUAGUCAAAUUGUUCCAUACAUUUUGAAUAAAUUAUCCAAUGUCUCUCUAGCAUUAACAGUAGCUACCAGAGGUGGUUUACCUGGUGCUGACGAUUUGUUAAGUAAACAAUUCGAGUCAUUAUUGGCUCAGAAUGAUUACCAAAACGCCGCCAAGGUUGCUGCUUCUUCCCAAUCUCUAAGAAAUCAAAACACCAUUAACAGAUUAAAGAAUGUUCAAGCCGCUCCAGGCGCAAUCUCUCCAAUUCUAUUAUAUUUCUCCACUUUAUUAGAUAAAGGUAAAUUAAACAAAGAAGAAACUAUCGAAUUAGCUAGACCUGUCCUGCAACAAGAUAGGAAGCAAUUGUUCGAGAAAUGGUUAAAAGAGGAUAAACUAGAAUGUUCUGAACAAUUAGGUGAUAUCGUGAAACCAUUUGAUACCACAUUAGCCCUAGCUUGUUACCUAAGAGCCAACGUUCAUGCAAAGGUCAUUUCUUCUCUAGCAGACUUGCAACAAUUUGAUAAGAUUCUACCAUACUGUGAAAAGGCCAAUUAUCAACCAAAUUUCAUUGUCUUGAUCUCUACUAUCAUCAGUUCUUCCCCAGAUAGAGCUUCUGAAUUUGCUCAAUCUUUAUUACAAAACCCAGAAGUUGCUGCUGAAUUAGAUAUUGAAAAAGUCGCCGAUUUAUUCUUCUCCCAAAACCACAUCCAACAAGGUACCUCCUUGUUAUUGGAUGCACUAAAGGGUGAUACUCCAGAUCAAGGUCACUUACAAACACGUGUAUUAGAAGUUAACUUACUACAUGCCCCACAAGUCGCUGAUGCCAUUUUAGGUAACAAUAUUUUCUCCCAUUAUGAUAAGCCAACAAUUGCUUCUUUAGCUGAAAAGGCUGGUUUAUUCCAAAGGGCUCUAGAAAACUACACUGAUAUCACCGAUAUCAAGAGAUGUAUCACUCACACAAACGCUCUACCAAUAGACUGGUUAGUAGGCUACUUUGGUAAGUUGAAUGUUGAACAAUCAUUGACUUGCCUAAAGGCUCUAAUGGACGAUAAUUUGAAGGCUAAUAUCCAAAUUGUUGUUCAAGUUGCAACUAAAUUUACCGAUUUGAUUGGUUCUGCUACUUUGAUUAAAUUGUUCGAAGAAUACAAUGCCACUGAAGGUCUAUACUACUACCUGGCUUCCUUGGUUAACUUAACCGAAGACUCAGAUGUAGUUUUCAAGUAUAUUGAAGCUGCCUCCAAGAUGUCUCAAUUCAACGAAGUUGAGAGAAUUGUAAGAGACAACAACGUUUAUAACCCUGAAAGAGUUAAAAACUUUUUGAAAGAUGCAAACUUGGAAAAUCAACUUCCAUUUAUCAUUGUUUGUGAUCGUCACGAUUUUGUUCAUGAGAUGGUUUUACACUUGUACAAGACCCAAAAUAUGAAGUACAUCGAAACAUACGUCCAACAAGUCAGUCCUUCUAAGACUCCACAAGUUGUUGGUGCUCUAUUAGAUAUGGAUUGUGAUGAAAAAUUCAUUCAAGAUUUAUUACAAUCUGUUCUAGGUCAGGUCCCAGUUAGUGAAUUGACUACUGAGGUCGAAAAGAGAAAUAGAUUAAAAUUGCUAUUACCAUUCCUUGAAAAGACUCUCGAAUCUGGUACUCAAGACCAAGGUGUUUAUGACGCUCUGGCCAAAAUAUAUAUCGAUUCUAACAACUCCCCAGAAACCUUCUUAAAGGAAAAUGACAAAUAUGAUACUUUAGAUGUUGGUCGUUACUGUGAAAAGAGAGACCCAUACUUGGCUUACAUUGCAUACGAGAAAGGUUCGAACGAUGAUGAUUUAAUCAGAAUCACUAAUGAGAACAGCAUGUAUAAGUACCAAGCAAGAUAUCUGUUGAAACGUUCCGAUCCUCAACUAUGGAACAAGGUGCUUGACAGUGAAAAUAUCCACAGACGUCAACUGAUCGAUUCUGUUAUUUCUGUUGGUAUCCCUGAAUUGACUGACCCAGAACCUGUCUCCCUGACUGUUCAAGCUUUCAUGAACAAUGAUUUGAAACUUGAACUAAUUGAACUUUUGGAAAAAAUUAUUCUAGAACCAUCUCCUUUCAAUGACAACGUUGCUCUACAAGGUCUACUACUGCUAUCUGCUAUCAAGUAUGAACCAACUAAGGUUUCUACUUAUAUCGAGAAGUUGGACAAGUACGACGCUGAUGAAAUCGCCCAAUUAUGUAUUGAACAUAAUCUAAACGAAGAAGCCUUUGAAAUCUACAACAAACAUGAGAUGUUUGGUAAGGCUCUACAAGUGUUAAUUGAGAAUGUCAUGUCUCUAGACAGAGCUGCUACAUAUGCCGACAAGAUAAACACUCCAGAAAUAUGGUCUCAAUUAGGUACUGCUCAACUGGAUGGUUUACGUAUUCAAGAAUCCAUUGACUCUUACAUCAGGGCCGAAGAUCCAUCUAAUUACGAAAAUGUUAUUGACAUUGCUGAACAAGCUGAAAAGUUCGAAGAAUUGAUUCCAUAUCUAUUGAUGGCUAGAAAGACUAGAAAGGAAAGUAAAAUCGAUGGUUCCCUAAUCUUAGCUUAUGCUCAUUUGGGCCAAAUCCACGAGAUCGAAAACGUAAUUUCUGGUUCUACUGUUGCUAACUUAGACAUUGUAGGUGACAAAUUAUUGGAAGCUAAGAACUAUAAGGCUGCCAAUCUAUGUUUUGCUGCUGUUUCUAACUAUUCUAAGUUGGCAUCUACUCUUGUAUAUCUGGGUGAUUAUCAAGCUGCUGUCGAUACUGCCAGAAAAGCUUCCAAUAUCAAGGUCUGGAAACUCGUUAAUGAUGCUUGUAUCGAUAAGAAAGAAUUUAGACUUGCCCAAAUUUGUGGUUUGAACUUAAUCGUUCAUGCAGAGGAACUAGAAGCGCUAGUUAACAAAUACGAAUCCAACGGCUACUUUGAAGAAUUGAUAUCACUAUUCGAAGCUGGUCUUGGGUUGGAAAGAGCUCACAUGGGUAUGUUUACCGAGCUAGCAAUUCUAUACUCCAAAUAUGACACAUCUAAGACCUAUGAACACUUAAAAUUGUUCUGGUCUAGACUAAAUAUUCCAAAGGCUAUCAGAGCUGUCGAAGAGGCCCACUUGUGGAACGAACUUGUUUUCUUAUAUGCUCAUUAUGAUGAAUGGGAUAAUGCUGCAUUAACUAUGAUUGAGAAGUCCGCUGCUGACUUUGAUCACGGUUACUUCAAGGAAGUUAUUGUCAAAGUUGCCAAUUUGGAAAUUUACUUCAAGGCUAUUAACUUCUACGUCAAGGAACAUCCAACGUUAUUGGUAGAUUUAUUAGCUGCUCUAACACCAAGAUUAGAUAUUCCAAGAACUGUCAAAUUGUUUACUAGUUCUGAUAACCUUCCAUUGAUUAAGCCAUUUUUGAUUAACGUUCUUCAAAGAAACAAUUCUGUGGUCAACCAAGCAUACCAUGAUUUAAUGAUUGAAGAAGAAGAUUAUAAGGCUCUACAAGAUGCCGUCGAUUCCUACGAUAAAUUCGAUCAAUUAGGCUUAGCCGCAAGAUUAGAAAAAAAUGAUCUAGUUUUCUUCAGAAAAAUUGCUGCUAUGCUUUACCGUAGAAAUAAGAAAUGGGGUAAGGCUCUGGCAAUUCUAAAAGAGGAUAAACUGUGGAAGGAUUCCAUCGAAACUGCUGCCAUCUCACAAGAUCCGAAGGUUGUGGAAGAACUUAUUACAUACUUUGUUGAAACAGACAAUAAAGAAUCUUUCGUUGCCCUGCUAUAUGCCGCAUACAACCUAAUCGACUUUGAUUUUGUAUUGGAAAUUUCUUGGUUAAACAAAUUAGAUGAUUACAUCAGACCUUAUGAUAUCUGUAUCAGAAAGGAACAAAAUGAUAAGAUAAAUAAAUUGUCCGAACAAUCAUCAAAAGGUGACGGCAAUAACGAUAACGAUACUAGGGAUGGACAACCACUAAUGUUAAUGAACAGUGCUAUGAACAUGCAAUAA